AUGGUUGGUCAGGAAGGGCAUCCGGCGUAAAACUCUCCCAAACCACCUGUGCGCACGAGCUGCUCCACUGUGGAGACUCCUGACAUGUUGGGUCAUAAAGGUAAAACAGAAAAUCCUCCAGGAUCCUGCAUCACAUCACUGUCCUACUUUGGCCACAAUCUGCUCCCUCUUGGCCCGCGUGGGCCCGGGUGGAAGUCCUCCAGUCCAGUGUGCCCACACUGUCUCCAGCAGCAGAGCUGCUUCCUGCUUGAUGAUGAUGAUGAUGAUGAAAUGAUUUUUGGCUAUGGAGCCGCGCGCAGCUGCUCGCAGUCCUCUCCCCCUCCACGCUCCUCUCCAUCGUGACAGACAGACAGAAGAAGAAGAGCGCAGCAGUCAUUCCAGGACGCUCCCGCGCGCUCUCAGUGACCAGCGCGUCACCUGCGUCUGCGCCUCUCGACCUUCAGAGCAGUGUGAAGAAUCUUCAGACAGGAGGAAGGAAGGAUGUCCUAUCAUUUAAGUCCAGCGAGGAUUUGAGUUCUUCACCUACCAGAAGUUUUUUCUGGUAAAUAAACUCCACCUGUAACCCAAAUAGCCAUCGAUUGACACCUUGUCCUCGCACGGCUGCUCCGCUUUGGUCACACGAGCCAUGGCCUUCACCCUGUCAGAGAUCAUGGCGGCGAGGCGACAGCAGUCGCAGGCUCAGUCACACCCUCCAAGAGGCGGCAGGAUGGCUGUGGAAGUUGAUGAGUACAGCACCAACCCCACUCAAGCCUUUACUUUCUACAAUAUCAACCAGGGACGCUUUCAGCCACCUCACGUGCACAUGGUGGAUCCGAUGCCUCACGAUACCCCAAAGCCACCAGGCUACACUCGCUUUGUGUGCGUUUCGGACACUCACUCCCGGACCGACGCCAUCCAGAUGCCAUACGGGGACGUGUUCAUUCAUGCUGGAGACUUCACAGAGCUGGGACUCCCCUCUGAGGUCAAGAAGUUCAACGACUGGCUGGGUACCUUACCCUACGACAUCAAAAUCGUAAUCGCUGGAAACCACGAGUUGACCUUUGACCAGGAGUUUAUGGCCGACUUGAUCAAGCAGGACUUCUACUACUUCCCCUCCGCAUCCAAGCUAAAGCCGGAGAAUUACGAAAAUGUCCAGUCGCUGCUCACCAACUGCAUCUACCUGCAGGACUCUGAGGUCACCGUACGCGGCUUCAGGAUUUACGGUUCUCCCUGGCAACCGUGGUACUAUGGCUGGGGCUUCAACCUUCCCAGAGGUCAGGCUCUUCUGGACAAGUGGAACCAGAUCCCAGACAACACGGACAUCCUGGUCACGCACUGCCCCCCACUGGGUUUUCUGGACUGGGUCCCCAAAAAGAUGCAGCGUGUCGGAUGCAUGGAACUCCUCAACACCGUCCAGAGAAGAGUUCAGCCUAAGCUGCAUGUGUUCGGACACAUACAUGAAGGAUAUGGCAUGAUGUCAGAUGGUACCACCACAUUUGUCAACGCCUCAACUUGCACAGUCAACUUUCUGCCCAUGAACCCCCCUAUUGUCUUUGACCUUCCUAACCCUCGGACCACAUGACCUGAGAAGGCCAGAUCCAACCCCCAACCUAGAGUUGUUGGAAAAGAAGGCCAGUAAGGCGUCUAAAGAUUAAGGGAGGAAAAGUCAAAUUCUGUAAAUAUUACAGAGGGGUUUCACAACAAAUAAGCCACUUCUCUGGACGGAUCCACCUUGAGGAGUCUGGAAACUCUGUCAGUAUUUCCUAUGAUGUACAUAUACAUAGACUUUUGUGUGUGUCUUUUGUCUCUCCAGUGUUUGCAAUCUAAUGCUGCUAGGACAGUAGUCAAAGACGGCAUGAAAAUUUCAUGACAGUCAAGAGAAUUGCAGAUAAUUGUUUUUUCUGCACAAAUUUACUAAUUUAAAAAAAACAUUUUUUACAACUCUUCCCAAUCAUAAUGUUGUUUUUUUUCUACUUACAGCAUGCUAGACAAGGUAUUUAAGAUGUGACACGUAGUCAUGCUGAAGGUCACUCCCUUCCAGCUCCUCUCUGGUCCAGGUGAGCCUUUUAGGAGGACACAGAAAAGUUUGUCUAACCCAUUGCCUUAUUUUUUUAUUCUUUUCUGUCAUUUGUACCCCUAAAAGCUAAGUUGCAGCUCUGGCUAGAGUGGACUUUUAAAGGGCAGCACUAUCACGAACACACAUUUUACACCUCUCAGGCCAAAGACAAUCAGUGAACAAAAGCAAAAACCUGAGAUUGCCAACAAACUGAUUCGUUUAAAAAAGAAAGAAUGAUGCUUGGAUCAAGACAGUGCUGACUAAGACAUUGUAAAAGAAAAAAAAAAGGAAUUAUACAUGUGAAUGCAUGCCAAAUCACAAUUUGUCUUGGUAGACUUCUUUGUUAUAACAAUGUUACGUAUGCUACUUAACAUUAAAUCUUUUGUUGUGGUGAAUGUGGGCCAUGCCCAAGAAAAGAUGAAAAAGUAAAAAAAAAAAGUAAAAAAAAAAAAAAAAAGAUUUGCUAUUCAUUCUUGCUUUGACCUCCUGGUACCUCCAGGUGUUAACCAUCAAGUGCUUGACUUUGCUUCAAGAGCCACAUUCUGCCUAAGACAGUAAGUUUGUGUGAUUGUGUGGACAAAAUGAGGACAACUCUUGGAAUUUACUUUCUUUAUGAUCAAAGCUUAAUUUGAUUUUUGCUUUAACUUGAUAUUUGAUUUGUGCAAAACAAAAUUUGAAAAAAAAAACAAUAAUAAUUUAAUGUUGGAGAAAAAAACAUUCAAUUGGCACAUAAUAAGUCUGGUGUAAUUAGAUUUUUUUUUUAAAUCCUUCAAUUUAGCCCAAUACGGGUUUGACACUUUUAAUGUAAUAGUAUGCAAAUAUAGGGAUGCAACAAAUCCCUUUCCCCACAAUUCAGUACAAUAUAAGGGUGUAUUCAAACUGGGAAAACCAUUUUUUUGGACCGAGUCCACUUAAUUUGGUCCUCAAGACUUGGAUCUACUGGAGAUUUCUGUUCUGGUCUAAAGCCGGUAAACGAAAGCAAAUGACUAAAGAUUUCUUCAGUCAUUGGCCAAAGGUUACGGGGGUGGGUCAAAACAAAAAGAGAAAGGCGGAGUUCUUGCACUUUGCACAUACUGGUAAAUUUUUGAACGUCUGUAUGAAAGCCUGAGAACUUUUGUUUGUCAGAAACAUACGGUGGCCAUUUUGGUUCAGUUAUGUCGCUCUUGAGUGAAUCAAAGUUUGGUCCAAUUGGAAAUGAACCGAGACCACCUCGAAAGAUGGGUCCAAAAGCAGUUCCUGGUCCCAGACCAGAGUCCGUUUAUGCGUAUUCAGACUGAAACUUUGUUCCGGAUUAUCAGGGGAAACGAACUCUGGUUCACUUUAAGUGAACCAAGUGUGUCCAGUCUGAAUACACCCUACUACUACGUUGAAGCAUGCACCAACAGAAUAACACACUUUUGAUCCUUCAAAAUGAUAGAACUCAGAGAUUGCACUGAAUUUUGGAUCAGAAUCACAAUAAAGACGUGCUGGAUUGAUAUGAGCUUAAAUUAUUUAGGAGCACAACAUGACUUUAAAGGAAGUGGAUACUAAAAAGAAGUUCAGUGAAGUAGAUACAAAUGUGACUCUAUGGGAGGCUGAUAUUGCACAGUACACUACAAAUAUAGACUCAUAGACAUCUCUGGUUUUUUCGUCAAUGUUUAACUAUUUACCACUCAUUUUGCUCAUUCAUGAUAGUGAUUCCUUGUAUAUAACUUUUUACUUUUUAAACUCAGUAAAUACAAUAAAUGAAUGGUCCGUGAUGGCCAUUCAUUGACUGAGGUGAACUGGUAUGUGUGUGGUUUUGCACACGUUCAGUGGAUUUUUCCAUUUAAAGUGAAUGAAAGCUGUAGUUUUAUAUUUCCAAGUUGGUGUUUGUAAAAGGUUGAUUUCAAACCAGUUGACAGAAAAAGUUUGUAUUGAGGCAUUUGUGGUCGUUACAUUUUGCUUGGUCAAUGUUUCUAAAGGUGUGUUUUUCUUUCUGCUCACCAUUAUUUGAUGAUUGUAAACAAAAGCAGUUUGUAUGUAAAAAGUAAAAGAUGAACAAACAAUGAU